UUUCGACAGAGAGGGGGAGGAUAGAGCUGAGGUCUGUGGCAUCUCCCGGUAGUAGGCUAUAUCUACCAGGUCUUGAACACUACAGGGUCCAACAGAGGGGGACAAAAUAAUAGAAAGAAAAGGGCUUCCGUCGUAGGAAGAAGGAAUCUCCACUCGUUUUAUGCCUGGUACCAUUACCGGAGAAGGACACACGCCGGUUUAGUGUUUUACCGAUACGGAUUAAUAACCCGCCAGACGGAUGUUCGCGAGGAGGGGCGGUGCACUCUGAAGUUAGAGACUACUGCCUACCGAGAGAAGUGCUUGUUCCCCCGUGAAGGUUCGCGCCCCCCAGCCACAGCAUGAAGCUGCCGCCGUGUCUGAUGACGAUCCUCGCGGCGCUGCUCGCUCACUCCGCGCUGGGUCAAACCUGGGUUCCGUCUAUAGAAUUAGAAGGUUCUUCUGGAGAUGAUGAGUUCUAUGACGACGAAGACCUCUUCUCAGGCUCUGGAUCUGGCUUUCCAGAGAUGAAGGUCAACCCUACAGCGGUGGGUGUGUCUUUCAGCACUGAGGAGCCCCUUCCCCUUUCCACCACCCAGGCUACUGGCCCCGCCCCCUCAGCCCCACCUGCAGCCGAGCCCAAUCCCAACCCCGACGCUCUCCCCACCCCACUACCCACUGAGGGAGAGGGGGAGAGUGGGAUAGAGUGGGAGAGAGGGAGGGAGAGAGAGAGGGAGCGGGAAAGAGAGAGAGUAAGGGAGAUGGAGCGGGAGAGAGAACGAGAGCGGGAGAGGGAUAGAGAGAGGGAGAGAGAAAAGGAGAGGGAGAGAGAAAGAGAGAGAGAGAGGCAACGGGAAAUAGAGAGGGAACGAGAAAGAGAACGUGAAAGAGCGAGAGCCGCCCAGACCACCAUCUCACCCCGUGGCCCGGCGGCUGUUCCCAUGGCGACCACCAGCACAGCGACACCUCUGGUGGAGAGUGUAGCACCCUCUAGUGGCGUGCAGGACCUGGUCACCACAGAAGAAGAGGAGGAGGAUGUCUACCUGUCCCCAGACCCCACCACCAGUAUGCCUAUGGAGACCACCACGGAAGAAGAAGAAGAAGAAGAAGAAGAAGAAGAAGAAGUGACCACUACAGAUACAGAGACCACACCCCUCCCAAAGACAACAGCUCCACCCACUACGAUUGGCCCAGCCCUAACUGAGAGGUCUAGCUCUGCCCCCUUUAGGCCCAGUGUUCUGGUGACCACGCCUAUUAAAGCCGCACCCACAGAGAGGAGCACACGCCCACAGCAGCCUUCUACGACAAUGAAUAAUGAAUUAGGGGUUAAUGGACCCAGCGGAGACUUUGAGAUCCGGGAGGAGGACCGUCGCCAGGGCAACGAGGUUGUUGGUCGUGGCCUUGGCAUGGAGACUGGGGCAGAACCUGAUCUGAUUGGCAACACAAUUAACACAGGAAGUUCUGCUGCUCAACUUCCUCAGAAGAACAUCUUGGAGAGGAAGGAGGUCCUGAUAGCGGUGAUAGUGGGGGGCGUGGUGGGGGCCCUGUUUGCAGCGUUCCUCGUCAUGCUGCUGGUGUACAGGAUGAAGAAGAAAGAUGAAGGCAGCUACACACUGGAGGAACCCAAGCAAGCCACCGUCACCUACCAGAAAGCUGACAAACAGGAGGAGUUCUACGCAUAACACACACACACAGAGAGAUGCUUAUCACUCCAGCUCCCUUCCCGUCCUGUCGCUUCACAUCUCCUUCCCAUCCUUCUCCCGUAUCUUCCUCCCUCUCUUCUCUCCUAUGUUCCUGUCCUCCAUGUCAGUUGUUACUGAGAGUGCCCGUCUCUCCACAGACUCAAACAUUUCUUUAAAAAAUAUAAAUACACUUUUUAAAAAAAUAACAAAAUAAAUAUAUCAGCUGGAAAAAAAUAUAUAAAAAUGUGAUACACAAUAUUAUUUUUUUUUUAAGUAAAUGUUGUUAUUGAUAUUAUAUGAUUAUUGUUCUGAUGAUGUAAUGAACUGAUUAUUUUGUAAAAACACAAGCUCUUAUCCGGUGUUCUAGCACAAUACUCUAGUGUCUGUUCCACGGAGCGAAUGAGCCAAGUGAAAGAGGGAUGGGGGAGAAGAAGGGACAGAGACAAACAGAGGAGGAAAGAGAGUGUCAUCUGAUUGGCCACACAGACACUGGGGUCAAAGGUUAGAGGAAAGGUCUCUAUUGUAGUGCCUUCCAUUGCCCUGGUGCUCUCUCUCACUCAUACACACACACACACAUGGCUUGGACCCCUCUCUCUGUGCUUGGCCAAUCAGAGUAGGGGAACCCUCCCACAACGCUCUGACAACCUCAGGACAACGUUGUGGCAGCAUUCACUGGUAGUUAGCAAGGGAUUCUAACCAGGGAUAUAGUGUUAAAUAAAAUGGUGGGUAAACAAACCGCUGGGGUAACAUAAACAUUAGCUAAUGCUAACAACGCUACCUGAUGGUAGUAGUUGUGUAAACACUGUUCACCAUGUGAAGGGGUGUUUAAACAACAGAUUAUGAGUGUUUCCCUCCUCAACAUCCCUGGGUUGUAUUCAUUAGGCACCAAACAAAGAAAACGGACUGAAACAGAGAGGACUACCUGGUCCAAUAAGAAAUGCACAUUUCCGUAUUCCAUUGCAAAAUGUUUUACAACGUUUUCCGUUGUGUGUCAAUGAAUACGACCCUGGUGCUGAAUGCUAACACAGGGCUAGCGGCUAGCUGUCUGGUUUGCUCCUUUACGCUGUACAAAGGUGAUUAGUUCUAUGGAUAGUAAUAAUAACCAAUAAUAUAUCAAUGUUCUGGACUGGUUGGUAAAUAAUAGUAAUUAUGAAAAUAAUACUCGAAUGAACGAAAGGAUGUGUAUUUAGCGGUUUCAAAAGUUUAUAUGUAAAUAUCAUUGGUUGAAAUACUUUUUCUGUCGUUGCCACUAACCAGUCGCAUGAUCACCAUUUCUAUAUCACGUCAAUCUGUGGAGCUGUGCUCUCAACACACACACCACACACACUCACAAGUACGCACUCACACACUUAAGCAAAUAUACACACGCCGUACAUGCAAGCAUGCGCUCACAAGCUCAAACACACACACACAAAUAUAUCACUUGCGCUUCAUUGACUAAAUAUAUAUAUAUAUAAAUCAUAUCACUCACUCAACAUAUUAUCAUUAUCCUCAUCACACAAGCUGGUUUCAGUACAUUAUUAAUAAGUGACUGAUCAGUUGCUGGUUGGUUAGAGUUUGGUCCGUUGUGUAAAGGCACCAGCAUGUAUCCAUCCAAUCCCCUGCAUGCUCUUUCUUUCUCUUCUACCAUUGGCUGUCUAUUUGGGGGUGGGCUGGUCUUUGGGACUGUGAGGGAGGGGCUUACGAUGCUGAAAGUGGCUCUUCAAGUAGAAGUUGUCCAUCAGUAGGUGUGGGGACAGGAGUUGAAGUGGGGGCUGUGGGUAGGUGUGGGGACAGGAGUUGAAGUGGGGGCUGUGGGUAGGGGUGGGGACAGGAGUUGAAGUGGGGGCUGUGGGUAGGGGUGGGGACAGGAGUUGAAGUGGGGGCUGUGGGUAGGGGUGGAGACAGGAGUUGAAGUGGGGGCUGUGGGUAGGGGUGGAGACAGGAGUUGAAGUGGGGGCAGUGGGUAGGGGUGGGGACAGGAGUUGAAGUGGGGGCUGUGGGUAGGGGUGGGGACAGGAGUUGAAGUGGGGGCUGUGGGUAGGGGUGGGGACAGGAGUUGAAGUGGGGGCAGUGGGUAGGGGUGGGGACAGGAGUUGAAGUGGGGGCUGUGGGUAGGGGUGGGGACAGGAGUUGAAGUGGGGGCUGUGGGUAGGUGUGGGGACAGGAGUUGAAGUGGGGGCUGUGGGUAGGUGUGGGGACAGGAGUUGAAGUGGGGGCUGUGGGUAGGGGUGGGGACAGGAGUUGAGUUGGAGGCUGUGCUUUCUAAGAUUGUAACAAUAACCAACACACCAGUACGACUGGACUAGUAGCUUCUAAUAUAUUCAGUACUGUAGAACAACUGCAUGGGAGUCAAACUAUACUAGUCUCGUGUGUGUGUGUGUGUGUGUGUGUGUGUGUGUGUGUGUGUGUGUGUGUGUGUGUGUGUGUGUUUGUGUGUGUGUGUGUUCUGAGAGGAAUGUACUGUGGGCAGGUGUGUAUUUUACCUGCUCCAGCAGUUCUGACGCUCUUCCAUAGUCAGGUAGUCACACCUGUACCCCUGUGUGUGUGUGUGUGUGUGUGUGUGUGUGUGUGUGUGUGUGUGUGUGUGUGUGUGUGUGUGUGUGUGUGUGUACGCCUCAACUGCUUUGCCCCCUCUUUUUUUUAAGCAGUGAACGCCUCACUCUUAUUUCACAUCAGACUCGUGUGUGUGUGUGUGUGUGUGUGUGUGUGUGUGUGUGUGUGUGUGUGUGUGUGUAGGUCUCACCUGUUCACUGCUGAAUGUGGGGCUAGUCUGCUUUUUCACACACAAUCUGUCACUCACGGUCUGUUUGUCUGUAGCAGGACUGACUGACGUCACACAUCACAGACAGAACUGACCUGAACUGUCUUUUCUAAACUUACCUUCCAACUGUUAACAUGUGUUUGUACCCAUAUAAGUCUGCAUAGCCAAAUAAUAGAGAGAGAGAGAGUGUGAGUGUGAGUGUGUGUGUGUGUGUGUGUGUGUGUGUGUGUGUGUGUGUGUGUGUGUGUGUGUGUGUGUGUGUGUGUGCCAAGUUGGUGGAAGGCCACACCACACUGUGUUUUCUGUUACCCAUCCUGUUUUUAUACAUUUGCAUUUUUUAAGGCUGUUUCUGUCAUUGGCUGCUGAGCGCCGGGAGGCGGACCUCUGCGCCACGGCCCUGCCACUAAUUUGCCACUCUGUUCCAAAUAAAAGACCUCAUUGGUUAACA